UCCUUCGCAAGGAUGAAAAAAAUGGGUGGACAUGUCAAUGAACAUAAAUAGAAAUCUUUUUAAGAAAUUGAAAAGCAAAACAAAGCUUCUCUUCACUCACUCCAUUCGUUAUUUUAGGAAUCUAUUUCCGCGUCUUCAACUCGUUUUCCCAACUCACCCCUCACUCGUCCGAGUCUAACUACCUCAUGGCCAAUAACAACCCUUCCGACGCUCCCGCCGCCGAUGACUUCCUCGAACAAAUCCUCAGUCUUCAGACCUUCGCUUCCGCCGAUUCUGGAUUAACCGGACCCGACGUCGGCCUUACCGGAACUUCUCCGAUGAUGCUUCAGCUCAACUCCUCCGACGGUAACCAUCACCUCGCCGCCGGAGGUUCCUUUCAUGCGCCGGUGUAUCACCAAUUAGGUUUGAGCUUGGACCAAGGUAAAGGAGGAUUCUUGAAACCUGAGGAAGCUUCUGGUAGUGGUGAACGCUUUCGCAACGACGUCGUUCAUGGUAGACCUAAUAAUGUUUUUCAUGGGCAACCCAUGCAUACUAAUGUUCCUGCUGCUCCACAUCCUCCAGCCAUGCGUCCUAGGGUGCGGGCUAGAAGGGGACAGGCUACAGAUCCACACAGCAUAGCUGAGAGAUUACGCAGAGAAAGAAUCGCAGAAAGAAUCAGGGCGCUGCAAGAUUUGGUUCCAAGUGUCAACAAGACAGAUAGAGCUGCCAUGUUAGAUGAAAUUGUGGAUUACGUCAAGUUCUUAAGGCUUCAAGUGAAGGUUUUGAGCAUGAGUCGAUUGGGCGGAGCAGGUGCAGUGGCACCACUGGUAACUGACAUCCCAUUAUCAUCAGUCGAGGAAGAAGGCAGUGAAGGUGGAAGAAACCGACCGGCUUGGGACAAGUGGUCGAAUGAUGACACAGAAAAACAGGUAGCUAAGCUUAUGGAAGAAAAUGUUGGAGCUGCUAUGCAACUGCUUCAAUCAAAGGCGCUUUGCAUCAUGCCAAUCUCCCUGGCAUCAGCAAUAUACCAGUCACAGCCACCAGACAGCUCUAGUAUAGUCAAGCCGGAAACCAAUCCUCCCUCAUAGACCUAAGGCUCCAUGGGCUCCAUCAAAGGCUCACAUAAUACUUCUGGGACCUACAAAUCAUUUUGUCUCUUCCACACCCUAUAAUUAAGUCAUUGGCAAGCAUCAUGUUGCAAUCAAAGUCAGAUGCUAUAACUCUUACUUUUUUGCCUUCCUCUCAACUUUUGUCCAUACACCGUUCAAUGUCAAUGCCUUAGAAAAUAGAGGCAUACCCUUAUCUUGUCUUGCCAAGUUUCAAGAGGAAGAAAUUGUCAAAAGUUAACUUGAUAUGCUCCUCUCUCUUUUGCUAAAAUGGGUGGAGGUAGUGGAACAUGAUGAAAGCACUUUUAUAGUGGGGCUUAAUUUUUUUGUAGUGGGUUGUGGGACCUUGUAAAAAGGUUAGUGAGUGGUGUGUAUAUUUUAUUAGUAGUGAUGUAAUAUUAGAGGAUUUGAAAUGCAAAGUAGUAGUUGCUUUAACAAUGCUGGGAGGUGCCAAUGCCAUGUCCAACACAAAAUAAUUGUGCUUUUUGGUUUAUUUAGGGAUAGGGAUGACUUUUUCCAUUCUCCUGCAUCAUCAUUAUUGGAUUGAUCUAUUGGAUGGAGUUGGAAGGGAACAAGUGUGUGGGAACAAAAUUUAUAUUAAUCAUUAAGCUGCAACCUUAUUCAACUCAA